AUGGGGGGCGUGCAACGUUUGUCUCGUACUAUCGCGCUGUUUCCCCCGUUCAUCCUGUUGAGUGUGUCCUGUUUGUGUUUUACGGUGUUUCCUGUGGUGCCUGCAGGCAAGGGCGGCUGCAACAGCGGUGUGUCUUGGUUCCUCAUUUCCCUCGUGAUUCUCCAAAUCGGUUUUCUGGCCGCGCUCUACGUUCAAAAUUUGCAUAUGGCUACGAUUGGAGGGGAAAGAGCUGCCCAGAUCCAAAGUCUCGAAGAAAAAAUAGCGGAGCUUCGCGCGGUUCGAGCGGCGUCGACGAAAUCAUCAGAGCCGGCUUGCCCGCCGUGCGAACUGCUCCAUGAAAAGAUGGAAAAGGCGCUCAAGGAGGUCCACGAUGAUUUCGAGAAAACCGCCGACAAGCUAGCGGAUUCUGUCAACAGUCUGCAGUCCAAGGUCAACCAGUACGGGACAAAGUUUGACAAUCUGCUUAAGAAAGUGCAGAAUAACCCGUUGUUGAAACAAUUCGGGGGCUUUUAG